AUGAUUCAGCUUCUUCCUAAUGAGUUGCAUAUUCAAAUAUUAACCUAUGUUAUUACCGAAGCAAACUUUGAGAAAUUUUGCACUCUGAGAACUGUUUGCAAAAAGUGGAAUGCAUUCAUUCCAUUGGUAAUGCAUCAAGUUGUUGUUUCUAAGUUAAAAUCUGGCUUAAAUUUUGAGUUAACAGACUGCUCAUAUGAAACAGUGAUAUCUGAAAAUUUAUUACCAACAUAUUGCGAUUCUACUAAGACUUUUACGUUUAUAUUCGAUCAAACUGAAGACAUCAAUAUAUUCGAUAUAUUAUGUUUUAAUAAAGAAAAACCUGAUGAAUAUGCUAUUAAACUUAUAGCAUUGGAAGUUAAAGUUGAUGAAGAAAGUAAUAGCACUCGUUAUCUAAGACUAUAUAGUUUUACCAUUGAAGCUUGGAAGCUCUAUUAUAUUUUAGAUUGUCUUGAUAUUGAAAGCACACCUAUUGAUUUGAGAAAUGGAUUUCAAUACUCCGAAGAUGACGACUUCACGGCUUGUUUUGGCAGUCCUCCAGAUAUUG